GUCUACAUUUUUCAGUUGAGAGAGAGACCUGGGUUCGAUCGAGAGCUAUGGCAGAUAUUCACGGAGGCGCGUCACUACCGUCGGGCCCGGACGCGAAGAAGCGGCGCGUCAGUUACUUCUACGAGCCAACGAUCGGCGACUACUACUACGGCCAAGGUCAUCCGAUGAAACCUCACAGAAUCCGUAUGGCUCACAACCUCAUCGUCCACUACGGCCUCCAUCGUCGCAUGGAGAUCAACCGCCCUUUCCCUGCGGACCCCGCUGACAUUCGCCUUUUCCACUCCGACGACUACGUCGAUUUUCUUGCUUCCGUCUCUCCGGAGACCCUCGGUGAGCACACCUUCUCUCGCCAUCUGAAGCGCUUUAAUGUCGGAGAGGACUGCCCUGUCUUUGACGGACUCUUCGGAUUCUGUCAAGCCUCCGCUGGCGGCUCCAUUGGAGCUGCUGUCAAGCUCAACCGUGGUGAUGCUGAUAUUGCCCUCAACUGGGCUGGUGGUUUGCACCAUGCUAAGAAGUCUGAGGCUUCUGGCUUCUGUUACGUCAAUGAUAUAGUGCUUGGUAUUCUUGAGUUGCUCAAGGUUCACAGGCGUGUACUUUAUGUGGACAUUGAUGUGCACCAUGGAGAUGGUGUUGAGGAAGCAUUUUACACCACUGACAGAGUGAUGACUGUGUCUUUCCAUAAGUUUGGGGAUUUCUUCCCUGGGACUGGUCACAUUAGGGACACUGGGGUGGGGAUCGGAAAGAACUAUGCCCUGAAUGUUCCUCUAAAUGAUGGAAUGGACGAUGAGAAUUUUCGUGGCCUUUUUCGGCCUAUCAUUCAAAAAGUAAUGGAGGUUUAUCAGCCAGAUGCAGUUGUUCUUCAAUGCGGAGCAGAUUCUUUAUCUGGUGAUCGGUUGGGGUGCUUCAACUUGUCUGUCAAAGGCCAUGCUGAUUGCCUUCGUUUUCUGAGAUCCUUUAAUGUUCCUCUCAUGGUCUUGGGCGGUGGAGGUUACACAAUACGGAAUGUUGCACGUUGCUGGUGCUAUGAGACAGCAGUUGCAGUUGGAGUGGAACCAGAUAAUAAAUUGCCUUAUAAUGAAUAUUACGAGUAUUUUGGGCCAGAUUACACUCUUCAUGUUGAACCGUGCAACAUGGAGAAUCUGAACUCUCUCAAAGAUAUGGAGAAAAUAAGGAAUACUCUUUUGGAGCAACUUUCUAGAUUACCACAUGCUCCCAGUGUACCUUUUCAGACAACACCACCUACCACUGAAGUUCCAGAAGAGGUGGAGGAGGAUAUUGAUCGUAGACCAAAACACCGAAUUUGGAAUGGUGAAAAAUAUGAUUCUGAUCCUGAUGAAGAUGAAGAUGAGAAGCCUCCUCGGAAUAGAAGCUUCAGUACUGUUAGUCCUGUGGUUAAAACUGAGAUGAGGGAUGUUAAAGAUGAAGAAAUGGAAGAAUAGAAAUUCACAGAUAAUGAAAUUCAUUGCCUUCAAUUCACAAUCACCUGGAAAAUUUCAAGAACUUUUGUCAAGAUAAGAGCCAAACAAAACAAAAUGUUUUUUUCUCUGUAGAGAAGGUUGUCUUAAAAAGUAGCACUUGGUUGCAAGUUGCAUGAAGCGACUAAUGCCUUUGUAGCGAUAUGAAAAUUUUAUUUUAUUUUAUUAAACAGGUUCCAAUACUUGUAGUAAGCAGACAUAAAUAUCAUAGAAUCCUUGUGAUACCUAGGGAGCAUUUUUUAUUGUGCAUUUGUGUACCAUAAUUAGUGCUUUAGUACUUUUUGGUUGUUGUCUUAUCUUGUGGAUACCUUUGAACACUUUUACUUUGAACAUUCUCUCUAAUUACAGAGGCUUGAGAGGUUGGUAUUCUGAGAAGAAAGAAAAAAUUGAAUGAAGUUUUCUUCUAAUUUGAGUACAUAA